UGCCGUGGUCGCAUCUCCGGCGGCGAUCCUUGCAACUUGGCUUUCUUUGCGCUAUGUGUCACCCUAAGCCAGAGAACUACAAUGAACGUUUGUAGAUGGCGAGCAAGAUGGCCUUUUGCUCUGAAAUUGGCCUUCUCUCCAGUGUGCCUCCUCUGCCUCAGUGAUUCUGGACAGUGGUGUCAUCAUGGGCCAUCCAUAUCACUGUUACGACGACCUAUCACAACAUGUUGGCGCGCAUUUGACUGGUUUCUGCUUUGCAAUACACAUUCCGGUGUAUGUGAAGGUAUUGGCUUGUGAGAACGUACUGUGCAAUACCCUCGGACGGUCCUGUAUCGCAGCCAUAUGACUGAUGUGGCAUGCAAGAAGCACACGAGCACAUGCGAAAGCUCUACAAAUUAUAUCGAGAUAAUUUACCGG